AUGGCGGCCACCCGGCAUAAGCAUGUGAUACAGCCGUUUUUGCUAUCUGGCCUGAAAGUGCUUCCUUGCAAGUUUGCACCCAAUUGUACAGGUGCACACAUGCAAGACUGCAAGCAGACUGAGUUUGUUUCUUCUUUCACAGAUGCCCCAAUAUGUGCACCGUCGAUCGCUGCCAUUUUCUGUCGCAGACAGUGGAUACACCAAACACCACUGAGGACCAAAUGGCUGACCAGCUUUGGCUCACAGGUACAUUUGCACUGGUGCCAAUCACGGCCUGCAGCUUCACACGCAAGGGGUACAUCAGGAGAGCACGGUGAAAUGCCCUGGAUGAAAGUGAUCUGGCAGCGGCCAGAGUUCCAACAUCUCAUGCACAUGCACAUGGAUAAAGAAGAAAAGAAAGGGAAGGUAGAAAACACAGUUCCCAUGGCCCACGGUGCCACCGGCCCACUCCGGGGCAUCGCGCGCUGGCCGCGAGCACCGCCGUCCACGAGCCAGAGGAAACGCGGAGCGACGGAAGAUUGGAAUGGCCGCUCCUGUGGUAAGCACGGUGGUCAGCGGUCAGCGAAUACAGCCAGCGCGGUGAGCACGGUGUGA